CUCGCAUUCCACGCAUCGCUAUCUCCCGCAUUCGCGCCCGCACAAAGGCGCAUACGGCUUCUGCUCCCCACCAACUCGCGACAACACCGCCGUUGGAUGAGCUACCGUCGCCCAUCCGCACCUCGAGCGACGUUCGCCCAGCGUCUCUCCAGACUACUCAGUGGACCGCGCGCGUCGCAUCCCGCACCUGCGCCAUGUCGUCAAUAACCACAAAGGCCAAUCCGCCCCAGGCCUUUAUCUCCAGCUACGCUCCGCGCAUCCGCACCUACGCCAACUCGCUACUCCAGCCCGUCAUCCCGCAAGCGAACGUACUCCCACCCGCGCGCACAACCAAGCGUGGAACGACGGCCAUAAACUACGCCGAAGAUGGCUAUGACGACGACGAUUUCGAUGACAGCGAGGGCCCCAGACGGCGACCAACGGGGCUGAGGAGCUUAAGGCAGCAGGAUGACCCGGCUGCGGGCAAAAUGGUGGACGCGCAGCUAGGCAAAGAGCUUCUAGCUCCCACAGAAGUGCAGGGAAUAUGGAGAGAAUGGAUGGGCAAGCCGAAGCGCGCGAUGACAGAGAAGCAACUCCAAAUACAGUCGCACCUGCCGCUCACCCUCAUUCCUAUCCGCAUAGAUCUCGACAUUCAGCCUUUCCGUCCGGAGGCUCCACUUCCGACGCCCAACAAUGCGCGAGAAUUUGGCAUUGACGAGAGUCUACCUGCUUACAAGCAACCAGACGUCACACCAGCAUAUCGGUUGAAGGAUGCCUUUCUCUGGAACCUGCAUGAAGCGCUCAUGACGCCCGACCAGUUUGCCAAAGUAUUUGUGGAAGAACUGGACUUUCCAAGCGAGCGGAAACCUGCUCUCAUCAUACAGAUUGCCAGCCAGAUCCGACAGCAAUUGGAAGAGUACGCUGGUGUAGCAAUGCACCCACUCUUCCACUCUGCCAACAUUACUUCGUCCAUUGCGAAUGCUCCGGCCACCCCGAGACCUAUCCAACCUGUGUUCUCCCAGUCCCGCGACCAAUCUUCCACUCCAGCUCCCAACUUCCCUCCGACGCCAAGGCUCACCAACGGCAUGCAGACGCCCCAACCGCAGCCGGUCGGCCAAACCGGGUCCACAAUUUCUGCAACCGCCACGCCCCUGCCACCCAGCAAUGACGUUCUCAACCCGGAUGACACCUAUCGCUGCACCAUAAACCUGAACAUCAACCUCCUAAACCGCCUCUACAGCGAUAAGUUUGAGUGGUCGUUACUGCACCCGCCUGGGUUUGCAGAGGUCUUUGCAAAGCAGACAUGUGCGGAUCUAGGCCUAGCAGGCGAGUGGGUGCCUGCAAUGACACAUGCCAUCUACGAAGCUGUCUUGAGGUUGAAGAAAGAAGCAUGUGAGAACGGAGGUUUGCUGGGAUACAAUGAGAUCGACAAUGAUGCGGCUGAGGGUGCUGAAGCUGGUUGGCGUUACGAUCAAGAACACCUCGCGGAUGAGUGGGAACCAAAGGUUGAGGUCUUGUCGAAAGAAGAGAUCGAGAAGCGGGAGGGCGAUCGCGAGCGCCAGAUCCGGCGUCUGCGUCGCGAAACUGCAAGAUUCAGCAGCACGUCCAACAUGCAGGGAGGUAUACCUCAAGGACAAAGCGACUUUUUCGCGGAACCAGAAGAAAGGAUGGGUCGUGGCGAAAGGAGUAAGAAGAAGAGGAGAUUUAGGUCCCUGAGCCCGGAAGGCAGAGGAACGCCAGAUACCAACGGUGGAUAUGGUGGCCAGGGAGGCGGUCUGCAGGAAUGGGAACGCAACAACUGGCGUUGCUCGCAUUGUCUGGUGCACGGCUCAGCAGUUUGGGCUGUGCGGGACGGACCCAAUGGGCCAAGGUCCCUCUGCCACAAUUGCGGAUAUCUGUAUGAGCGGGACAAGAAGCUCCCGCCAUGGAGUCACAACCUCUUCAUUUACGAUAUCCACACCAGGCGGUGAUUAGCGGUCGUUGGCCGUUGAAUAGCGAUCUAACGUCAAGACAAAUUAUUCCAGCGAGCAGCGUGUUCGUCCCAGUUCCAAAGGCCUCCUCCAUCGAGAGGAGAAGCUAUACAUGCGGAGUUUUCGGCGUCUAAUGAAAGGGAGAAAUGAAGGAAAGCCGCCUUCCGAAACAAGGCGCGCCGUCGCUAUAUCCUAUAUCUUCCAGGAAUCUGAAUUGCUGUCACGGUGCAUGGGGGGCAGCGUCGGGUAGUGUUAGCAAAGACAUCGGAAACGUGGGUGGGUGUAAGAUAUCCGGGAGUGAUGUAUGCCAUGGCUCUCGUAGUCUCUCGGAUUGCUCUUGCUUUUUUUCGCUUUGGGAAGGGAUUAGAGUGGGGUGGAAUUUUGGGAGGGAAUCGAGAAUAAUUCGGUCUUGCUGCGGUCGAGUGUGUUACGCCGUCUGCCUUGACGUUCUGAAGGACUGUCGGGCAGCAUUACAACCUCACGAGAAAAUUCAAAUCUAC